GAUCAUCGCAAAAGAAAGAAGUGAGGCAACCUGAGAACACUUAAGAAAGAGAUAAACAAUGGGUACAAAAAAUGUGGGUUUCAUUUUAGGGCUCAUAGGGUUCUUGUUUCUCGAUGGACUUCUCCUUUGCAUGGCUCUUCAAGUCCAUCAUUACGAUUUUGUUCUUCAAGAAGCAAAUUUUACAAGGCUAUGCAGCACAAAGAGCAUGUUGACUGUGAACGGCAGUUUCCCAGGUCCAACAAUUCAGGCUCGUAGAGGAGACACUAUGUAUGUUAAUGUCAUCAAUCAGGGAAGAUAUGGGGUCACCAUUCACUGGCAUGGAGUGAAGCAGCCAAGGAAUCCAUGGUCAGAUGGUCCUGAGAACAUAACACAAUGUCCAAUUGCAGCAGGAACCAACUUCACCUAUGAGGUUAUAUUGUCCGAUGAGGAAGGAACUCUUUGGUGGCAUGCCCAUAGUGACUGGACUCGAGCCACGGUCCAUGGUGCCAUUAUCAUUUUACCAGCUGCCGGAACUACUUAUCCAUUUUCUACGCCUUACAAGGAACAGACAAUCAUACUCGGUUCCUGGUUCAAGGCAGACGUAAUGGCCAUGAUUCAAAAUGCCAUCGCAACAGGCUCCACCCCGAGUAAUUCAGACGCUUUUACAAUCAAUGGUCAACCAGGGGACUUAUAUGAGUGCUCUAAUGACACAACAUAUCGCUUACCGGUUGAAUCUGGCAAAACUUAUCUUCUUCGCAUUGUGAAUGCUGUGAUGAACGAAGAACAAUUCUUCGGAAUUGCUAACCACAACCUCACAGUUGUCGCGCAAGAUGCUGCAUACAUAAAACCAAUAAAUACAAGUUACAUAAUGAUAACUCCUGGACAAACCAUGGAUGUUUUGUUCACAGCAAACCAAAAUCUCAGCCACUAUUACAUGGCGUCGACGCCUUACGUCGAUAGUGGUAUUCUAUUUCCCAACACCACCACCACAGCAAUUGUUGAAUAUGAAGGCAACUAUUCUGCCCCUUCAUCUCCUUUCUUCCCAUCCCUUCCAAGUAACACUGACAUAACUUCUGCACUAAACUUUACUAAUCAAAUAAAGAGCUUAGCCAGUAACGAGCAUCCCAUCAAUGUUCCCAAAAAUAUCAGCACGCGAAUCUAUAUAACCGUUUCUUUGAAUCUAUUGUUGUGUGCCAACGGCUCGUGUGAUUCCGGCACUGGUGAUAGACAAGCCGCCAGCUUAAAUAAUAUCAGUUUCGCCACUCCUCAAAUCGAUAUACUACAAGCAUACUACAGGAAUUUGACAAACGGAACUUUCGACCGCGAUUUCCCAAGCGAGCCCCCAUUUUUUUUCAACUUCACGGGAGAUGUGUCAAAUGUAGGAGCGUUCACAGCGCAAGGGACAAAGGCAAGGAUGAUAAAUUAUGGUGAAGUGGUGGAAAUUGUCCUCCAAGGGACAAAUAUUGGAAAUGCACCGUCAAGUCAUCCAAUCCAUUUACACGGUUUCAGCUUCUAUCUGGUUGGAACGGGUUCAGGAAAUUUCAACAAUGUCACUGAUCCACUCUCUUAUAAUUUGGUUGACCCACCUGUAGUUAACACCAUUAACCUCCCAAGAAGUGGAUGGGCUGCAAUUCGGUUUUCAGCUGACAACCCUGGUGUGUGGUUUAUGCAUUGCCAUUUUGAGAGGCAUUCAACAUGGGGCAUGGACACAGUUUUCAUUGUACAGAACGGGCGUUACCAGAACCAGAGCAUGCUGCCACCACCAGCUUACAUGCCUCCUUGUUAUUAAUUUGUCUUGUGCUUAAUUAAUUAAGUUGCCGUAGCUCCUGUUUAAUUGGUUACAAUUUUAGUAAUAUGGAAUGUACUUCAAUAAAAACAUUAAAAAUGUUAUCUGA